AUGCAGCACUUAUUGAGGGGGGGGCUUAAGCCAAGUGGGGGGAAAGUUGGACAUGCGGGGAAGCCAUUUCUGCGCAGGCAGCACAGGAACAAAACAUUUGACGAGAGAGAACGAGUCUUCUUCGACCAGAUGCACAGCGAGUGGUGGAAUGAUCAAGGGAAGGGUAACACGUCUUGGUGUGAUGUACUUCACAAGGUUGCAGGGGCAAACACGUACAGCCUUCACGAUUAUAACAAGCACAGGUUCAACUUUAUAUGUAAAAAUUACGAAUUUCUUUUUUUCGAGCAAAUGAAAAAUGAGGGACAAGCGGGAACAGAAAAAAAAAAAAAAAAAAAAAAAAACGACAUCACGAUAAAUGUUCUGGAUGUGGGUUGUGGCGGCGGCAUAUUAUGCGAAUACAUGCGGAGGAACUUUUCUUAUUUUUUGCUCAAGAGUGACAUAAUAGGACGAGGUGCAAGGAGGACGGUUCAUAUAAAUAUCGAGGGGAUUGAUGUGUCCAGUCAGCUGAUAGAGGUGGCGCGCAGGAGACAGCAGGAGGGGGAAGUUCCUUUAUACAUGUGUAACACAGCAAGAGACAUGAACCCUCAAUCAUCUCAUCCGGAAAAAGAACCCAACUGGGAGAAUAGGGAAACAAAGAGCGCCUCAUGGAACAACUUAGAUGUGCACAUAAAUCAGAGGUACUAUAACUGUGACAUAACUGAGCUCACAAAAUGGAAUGAGAGGGAGGGAAAAAAAUAUAACAUCGUGGUGUCGUCGGAAGUGAUUGAGCAUGUGCCUAAUGGGAAGAAGGAGGAGUUCGUAAGGUGCAUCAGCCAGUUAUGUUCCCCUGAGGCUCUGGUUGUCUUUACAACGCUUGACAAGAAUUUGCUUUCUUAUUUUUACUCUGUUGUACUUGCUGAGUAUGUGACCGGGAUGGUGAAAAAGGGAACACACAGCUACGAUCAGUUUAUCGGGUCAGACGAGCUGAGCGAGCUCUGCGCCCUUUUUGAUUUACAGAACGUGAGCACGGAGCAUGCGGUGUACGUCCCUUUCGUGCGAGAUUACUUCCCCACGCGGUGGCUCAAGUUGCUUUAUUUGUCCGCCUUCGUUUAUCGUGGGGGAGCGGCGGUGAGUACCUGUUAA